GCCACGUGAUCUACACUGCAGCCGGGUCACCCACUUCAAACUUCAUUCACAAAGUCUAUCUAAUCAAACAAAUAAAAAAUAUUGAUAAACAAACAGUAUAUAUUUUCUCGUAGUCUUGUCAUAAUGUCGCUCUCCGCAGCGCGCUCGUUUCUGUCGGAGGCCGCUUACGGCGAGCAGGAGCUGGACGCCAAUUCAGCGCUGAUGGAGCUUGAUAAAGGUUUGAGGUCUUGUAAACUGGGCGAGCAAUGUGAAGCCGUGGUCCUUUUCCCCAAACUCUUCCAGAAGUAUCCCUUCCCCAUCCUCAUCAACUCAGCCUUUCUGAAACUGGCAGACAUCUUUAGACUUGGGAACAACUUCCUGCGACUCUGUGUGCUGAAGGUCACGCAGCUGAGCGAGAAACACCUGGAGAAGAUCCUGAACGUGGACGAGUUCGUCAAAAGAGUGUUUUCCGUCAUCCAUAGCAAUGAUCCUGUUGCCAGAGCAAUAACUCUCAGGAUGUUGGGAAGCUUAGCCUCCAUUAUUCCAGAGAGGAAAAAUGCCCACCACAGCAUCCGGCAAAGUCUGGACUCUCAUGAUAAUGUUGAAGUAGAAGCGGCUAUUUUUGCAGCUGCUAGUUUCUCUUCACACUCUAAAGAUUUUGCUGCAGGGAUUUGCAACAAGAUUAGUGAAAUGAUUCAAGGAUUGGACACUCCAGUGGAGCUGAAGCUGAAGUUGAUCCCGAUGCUCCAGCACAUGCACCAUGACGCCAGUCUGGCCUCGUGCAGCAGAGAGUUACUCCAGGAGCUGGUGUCCUCCUACCCGUCCACAGCCAUGCUCAUCGUCACUCUGCACACCUUUACCCAGCUGGCCACCUCCUCGCUCGUCGAUAUCCCUGAGCAGAUUCGUCUUCUUCUCCAGUACUUGAAGGAGGACCCCAGAAAAGCAGUGAAAAGACUCGCCAUUCAGGAUCUCAAGCUAUUGGCUAAAAAAGCUCCUCACUUGUGGACCAGGAAGAACAUAAUGGUGCUGUGCGAGUGUGCUCUCAGCACCCCGUACAACAGUCUGAAGCUGGGAAUGCUCUCUGUUCUCUCCACACUAUCUGGAACCAUCGCAAUUAAACACUACUUCAGCCCUAAUACAGGUGAGGCGUCUCCUGCCCCCCGUCACACUGACCUGGUGAAGCUGGCGCAGGAGUGCUGUUACCAUAGUAACCUGGCAGUGGCAGCCCAUGGAAUCACUGUGUUGACCAGCAUCGCUGUUUCUUGUCCAGAGAAAGAGGUCAUCCAGCUGGAACAAGAAACCGUGAUGGGGAUGGAGUCUCUCAUCCUGCUCUGCAGUCAAGAUGACAGUAAAACUGCACAGGUGACACUUAAAACGGCGCUCACCUCUUUGGUGAAGAUGUUGAAGAGCUGUGCUCAUCUCAGUCAGAGCUCUGUGGACCUCCUGCUGGGACAGCUGCACUGCGCAUGUGACUCCGCACGGGUGCUCAUGUGUCAGGCUCUGGCUGCUAUUGCCACCCAGCAGCCGGUGCUGGCAGAGGGGAUGCUGGGAGAUCUGCUGGACCUCUUCAGGGUGGCGAGUCACAGAACAUCAGAGAAACAGCAGGAGCUUCUGGUUUCCUUGGCAACAGUAUUAUUUGUGGCCAGUCAGGCCUCACUCUCGGCUGAGGUGAAGACGGUGAUCAGGCAGCAGUUGGAGAAUGUGGCCAAUGGUUGGACGGUGUACCGCAUUGCCAGACAGGCCUCCCGCAUGGUGAGCCCACUUCCACUUCACUGGAUGAUGGCAAUUAUGAAUCAAUAGUCGGGUUUUAAUAUA